GAGCAGGUGCGUAGGUUACAGGAGGUCGAGUCACGUGGAUAGAUUUCUAGGAAUUUCUAGAGAAUUGGUGAAAUAAUUUUGUGGAUUACCAUGCGCAGAGGAGCUAAUUCAUUGAGAUGUACGUGAGUUACCUGAUGGAUAAAAACACCGGAAUGUUCUCAAAUUCCGUGGGACACCCGACUCAACCUCUGAACAGUCAGAACUUCAUGCAGUAUACGGAUUUCACCGGUUAUCAUCACGUCACAGGCGUCAGUGACCCGCAUGCCCAGACGACAGGUGUGUGGAACCCUGCUUACUUAGCAGGUCCGCGGGAGCAGUGGUCACCGUAUGGCCAGAGCGCGGACUUCCACGGUUUGAGCCCAGGUACAGAACAGAUCAAUUUCAGUUCCCCGGAUCUGACAUCCAUCCUGCCUACGGGGCCGGGAACUCUUCCUUCACUCAACUCACCUGCCGGGCAGUACUCUCCAGACUCAGAGAGAAGAAACUCAUACGACUGGAUCAGACACAAUGUACAUUCAUCCAGUACAGGAGGGAAGACGCGGACCAAGGACAAGUACAGGGUGGUGUACACAGACGAGCAGCGCCUAGAGCUAGAGAAGGAGUUCCAGUACAGCCGCUACAUCACCAUCAGGAGGAAGACGGAGCUGGCCCUGGGCCUCAGCCUCUCAGAGAGACAGGUAAAGAUCUGGUUCCAGAACAGGAGAGCCAAGGAGAGGAAAAUGACCAAGAAGAAGAUCCAGCAGUCCCAGCAGGCCUCUAAGACUACAACUACCCUGACCUUUACUCCAUCCUGCCUGGCUGACCCCAGCAACGGCUCCAUGGCAACCAGCUCCAGCUUGUUGUCAGAGAAAAUAUCAAUGACUAUCAAAGAGGAGUACUGACAGUUAACAAUAUUAAACUGCUGUUCCCAUGACAAUCACUACAGAAGAUGUAAUUGACCUCAGUGAUAUGAUGAAAACCCUAUUACAUGCGUCUUGCACACCUGUAGUAGAAUGCUACGGUCUGUGUUGUGAUAAGAAGAAAGAGAGAGAAGAACAGGUUACACUACGCAAAUAU